AUGAAGUUCAGCAUUGCUGCAGUCGCCCUCCUCGUGGGUAACGGCCUCGCCGUCACCCAAGAGGAGCAGGCCGUCGCCAACAAGCAGGCCGUUGGCGUCCAGGAGACUCCCGAGAUCAACGAAGUUCACGAUAUCCAGGCGGCUGAUGACGAAAAGCUUCGCCGCCCUGAGGGGUACGGUGACUACAGUUACUGGAACGGCUACGGUGACAGUUACUGGAACGGCCAAGGCCAAGGGGACAAGCACGGCCCCACGGGCUGCAAGGAUGAAGUCCGCCGUGUCAAGGCCACCCUCGAGGCCCUCCUCCGGCAGGUCGACAGGAUCCGCUGCGAGAGCUGCCCCAAGCCCAAGCCGACGAGCCGCUACACGCACCGCCCGACGCCGACCAAGAAGGCCUGUGCCACUCCCACUUGCGGCAAGCACGGUGUCAAGUUCAACCGCUACUCGAACCCCUUCUCCAAGGACUUUAGCAGCAGCUACAAGUCGUUCGACCUCGGUUACUUCCUAAAGCAGAAGCCUCUCGAGUCUGGUAUCGUCACCGACAUUUCCCUGACCUCUGACGCGAAUAACAAGACGUAUGCCAACGCCGCCAUGGAGUACCGAACCUUCCUCUUCGCCUGCCAGAGCGGCAAGUACAAGUUUACCUCGCCCAAGUCUGACGACAUCACCCUCAUGUGGUUCGGUGACGACCACGUCAAGUACUCGACCCGCGAUAACGCCGACAUCUGCCAGUCCUGGUAUGGCGAGAACAAGCCCCAGACCGUCUACAAGAACAUCAAGGCCGGGAAGUACUACCCGAUCCGCGUUCUCUGGGGCAACACCAACGGCGCCGGCUACCUGAACCUCGACAUCUACGCUCCCAACGGCCAGAAGCUCAGCGGCAAGAACAGCAAGGGCAAGAGCUACGUCGUCACUGAGAACUGCCAGGGCAACAACCCCUACGGUGACAAGGCCAAGACUGCUUCCGCCCACCACUCCAAGCCCACCCACGGCUCCAAGCCCAAGACUCCCAGCCCCAAGGACGAUGACUACUCUGCUCCCGGCGGCUACUAA